AGAGAAGACGAGCCCCUGUAGUUCGCGGCCGCGAGUUUGCAGCGGGUGGGUUGCAUGCUCUGCUCGCUUGCACGCCUCGUUUUUCUUGCAAGCGGAGCCUUUUGCAGGACUCCGGGCUCUUGCAGGAGGCUCUAUCCCACUAAGAAACCUAUAUUGGGGCCGGGGUCGUCUCUUCCCGCCCCUUCCCCAGCAACGCUGCUUGCAUUUGGGGGCCACCAGCCGGUUCAAUUCCCUGCGCGAGAAAGACGGGCUGGCGUUCAGACGAUCGGGGCGGACGCGUGUCUGCCAUUAAACACGGAGUAUCAACGUAGCAGUGGGGGAACUUUAGUUUUUAAAAAGUUUUUAAAAGUUCCCGCACUGGAGCAGCUAAGGAGGUUCUCUAUAAGACUGUGAAUAUUAAGCUUUGUUUUCUGGGGCUUCGCCUCCUUUUGUUUUUGCAAGAACAGCCCGCGAGGCUCCUUGCUCCCCAUGGAUGCAAAAUGUUCCCAGCUUUUGCCUUCCGUUUGCGCCGUCCUGGCCGAUCCUGGGCACCUCGUGGCGGACGACACUUGUCUGGAAAAACUGCUGGACUGGUUUAAGGCUCUGGCCAGCAGCGCUGGGCCUAGUUUGCUGGUGUUAAAAGAGAACCCGUGUCUGAUCGAGUUGAUCCUUGUGGUGCUGAAACAAGGGGAACCAGAUCCUGUCCUCCUGUCUUUUGUCCUGAGGCUCACGGGGAUCUUUGCAGCUUCCGAAAGCAGCUUCCAGUAUCUGCAGCAACGGGAGGUGGUGUUUGGAGCCUUCGGAGAAGCAGGUCCCCUGGGCAGCCCUCUCUGGGAGGACAUGACCAUUCGGAGCGGCUGGGUGCAAGGCGCCUACGUCAUGCUACAACAUUACAGCACCUUCCAGUUCCUCUGCAACUCUGGAGCUCUGGAUGUGAUCUUCACUCUUCAAGGAGACCCCAGCCUCUUCAUCGCCGCGGGAGCCAACCGGCUUCUUGCCCGCCUGCUCAUUUUCUCCGUGGAGUCCGAACCGUCUCGUCUUCUCAGUUCCAAAGACUGCGAUUGGCCGGCUUGUGCUCGGAUGAUGGUCGCCCGUGUUGAGGAGGCUCUGAUGUCCCGCUCUACGUCUCGGAUCAAGCACUCCCUGAAGCUCUUAAUAAUGUUAUUCGAACACAACCAGGAUGCCUGGACUGAAAUCUUGUGGUCACGCAUAGCAGAAACAGUGGAAGCUGUCCUGAUGGAAGAGCCCAUCCAAGCCGGACCCUGGUUGGUUGAUUUGUUCCUUAGCAUGGCAAGGUCUCCUGCAUUUCGCUCUCAUGAAUGCAGCCUUUGGAAGCAGGUGGCCCUCGCCCUGAAGAAUAUCAGCCUGGCUCAAGCCGGCCCUCUGGCACAUGGACUUUUGAAGCUCGAGGCAUGCCCGCAGGCCGUCAGAGCCCAGAGUCUGGCUGUUUUGCUCCAGCCUAUGGACUGCAUCUUGCGAGCCACUUCGCAUCACUUAGCCACCUCCCCGAAUGCUUCCUCUGUAGAUACUCUUCUCUCUACCAGUCUCUUGUGUCAGACGAUGGCUCAUCUCGAGGAGAUCCAGGAGACGGCGUGCUUGGCGGUGGACUUUCCCCAUAAGCCUUUGCUAUGCUCCGUGGUGACCGUACUACAGUUUUGCGCCGGCCAGGCUGUGUCGUCCUCCUCCUUUGGCUCUACACUAGGCCACCUCUUGAUUGGCAGCUUUCGAGUCCAGAGGGCAGCCCUCAGCCUCCUGGGAGCACUCUCGCGAUGGGCUGCGUCCGUUCACGACGAAGAAAGGCUGCAAGUGUUUGACGUUCUCCUGACAUACUUACGGAGUCCCGACAGCAGUCCAGUGAUUUUGAAGAAAGCCCUUCAAGGAACCCUAAAGUGGCUUCUGGGUGCCUUGCAACCUUCCGUCUCCCUUGCCGAUUUCCAGCAACACCGAAAGUUUCUCAGAGGUGUAAAUAGCGGGACUAGACGAGACACACACGAGCUUGGGCUAACUGAUACACUGCAGGUGUUACGGAAACAUCUGUGCAGUCCAAGCUGGGAAGUACGCGAUUCCUCCCUGGAGUUUCUCAGCCUGGCGAUGAAGCGUUUGAGAGGGCUAGACUGGUUUUGGCAAGAGCUGCUCUCUUCGGAGUUGCCCAUCCUUUUGGAAGGUCUCCUGAAUGACCCCGAGAGCUACGUGCGUGCCAGCGCCGUGAAAACCUGGGGCCGUUUCUCCCUCAUGGCCCACUCUGGUCCAGAAGCGCCUCUUGUCAAAAGGAACGAGAACACCAAAGAGAUCUGCGUCGGGGCCGCUCGCUUGCUGGAAAUCCUGUCUUCGGAUGCCGAAGGUUUUCCUCGCCGAGCUGCCGUCGGCAUCUUUAUUGACUGGCUGAAGGAAGGACACCCUGAGGCCCGGGAGGACCCCGCCGAGUUCGUUUCCCGAGCUCUUCAAGCUGUGGAUGGAGACUUAGACUGGGAAGUCAAAAUUAAUGCUCUGGAACUGGCGGGAGUUUUCAUCGCCCAGACUUUUGGCCGGUUCGGACUCGGGGAGAGCUCUGCUUCGUCUGGUUCUUCACUUGGCAAGACGCCGGCGCAUCUCGCCGACGUGCUGCAGCUCUUCUGCCAAAUGCAAAUGCUUGGCUUCCUUUUCAGAGGCCUUCAGGACUGCGACAGGCCCGUGGCGCUCAAGGCCUGCGAGGUCCUUUUGGCUCUGAAAUCCGCUCUUGGCAAACACCCGUUAAAAUCAUCGCCAUCGGGAGAUGCUGCCGCGCUAAAGGAAGUUCCUACAGAGACACCCUUCUGCUCUCUUUGGAGCCUUCCUGCCGGGGCCGCCGCCACCGAAAAGGAUUGCCAGGAUCCAGAAAGGCUGCGCCUGAUCCUAGAAUCUACGGACCUGGAGGGUUUGCGAAGGGCUCUGGAUGUGAGCAGCGAUCACCUGGAGAGGAAUCCCCAGUCUCUCCUGCAGGAUAUCCUGGCUGCUGCAGGGAACGCGGAAGAGAACAAAGUAGAUUGCUACUGAAUGGAUGGGCUGGAGUUCGCCGGCCAGCUUGGAAAAAGGGGCCAACUGUAAGAACUGAACGACUGCAAGCAGGCUGCUUUUUCCAGGCACCUCCAGAAAGUGGGCCUGGUGGAGCGAAUUAAAACUGAAAACUCACAUACAGGAAGAAUAAACACCAAAAGAAGAGCUAAUGGACAUUUGCACCAAAGUGCAAAACUCACACAAACUUGGGGUGAACGCAAGGGAUAAAAAUAAAUAAAAUAAAUACCCAAUA